ACAGAAAUUUUGAAGAAUUUCUAAUGUAGUGUACACAAAAAAUAGAGUAGUGUAUUUUAUUCACUUUUAUAAAAUUACAAUAAAGGUGUUGGUUAAAGCAACGUAAAAAUUGUAAAAAAAACUUGCAAAAAAUUACAAAUUAGCGUUUAUUUUCGGAGUUCUAUUGCGAACUCGUUAUUAUUAAGGAGAUAAGCAACCGUUUUUCAAAAAUCUCAAAAAAAAAACAAAAAUAGCAUCAAAAAAGGUGAAUCAAACAUCGAGAAUGGACUUAUCGAAAAAGAAAUAUGUAGGAGAAUUAAAAAUUUGUUCUUCGUCUGGCAGUGGUGAUGCAAAUGACAGUGCAGUUUCGAUAUCUGAUUCAUCAGAACAAUCAUCAAUACAAAAUUUAUCAUCUAGAAUUUCUUCAAGUGAAAAUGAUUCUUUAAUUAGUACAACCACUGCAACAAAUAUAUCAACGAGAUCAUCAAAAAGAAAAAAAAAUACGUCACCAAAGUCACCGGUUAAACCUAAAAAAAUACCAAAUAUUAAGAGCAAUAAGCAACGACAACAUUUACUAAGUUCAACAAAGUCUAAUCCAAAUACAGAAAAUAAAAAAUUAAAAAAAGAUUCUUUAUGUUUAAGUAAAAAUAAAAAAUCAACACAAAAUUUGAAAAGCCCUACCAUUAAGUCAUCAUAUUUAGAAGAAAGAAAUCCCACAACACUUGAAACAAAAUCUUCGCUAUCUUCUAAUAUACAAGAGGUUAGCUCACAAAUUGAUAAUAAUUUACAAUCAGCAAUAAAUAAGUACAAUGGGGAUUCAAUUGUUACAACAUCACCGUCAUCAAAAAUUUUAAAGGUUAAAAAAGAAAAAAAGCGGUAUAUUUGUCAUAUAUGCGACAGAAAUUUUCUAGGUAUAACCGAUUUAAAACGACAUCUAUUAGUUCAUACUGGUGAGAAACCGCAUAAAUGUCCAAAUUGUGAUAAAACAUUUCGCCAAACAGUUUGUUUAAAAAAUCAUAUCGCUGCUGUUCAUUCAAAUGACUUUAAAUUUAAGUGUCCAAAAUGUCCCAAAAAAUUUCCAAUAAAAUUUCGUUUAAGAUUACAUAUGCGAGUGCAUUCUGGUGAAAAACCUUACAAAUGUCCAAAAUGUCCUAAAACAUUCGCAAGAGAUGGACAAUUAAGACAGCAUAAAGUAACUCAUACCGAUGAUUAUCAUAAAUGUAUAACAUGUGAUGAAGCAUUCGACACAAAACCAGAUUUAAGAAAACAUAUGCAAACUCAUAUUAAACAAGAUCAUAUAUGUCAAAUAUGUAUGAAAACAUUUUCGCAACCAGAUCUUCUACGUGGUCAUCUAUUUCGUAUACAUGCAAAUUUAAAAUUUUGCACAAUAUGUAAUAAAGCAUUGAAGGGACACCUAUCACAACAUUUAAAAUUACAUGCAAAUGAAAAGCCAUUUACAUGUGAUAUUUGUGAAGCGCAAUUUUCACAAAAAUCACAACUGAAUGUUCAUCAGCGAAUGCAUUCAGGAGAAAGACCAUAUAAAUGUCAAGUUUGCUGGCAAGCUUUUGCGCAUAGUACAGUUUUAAAAUUACAUAUAAGAAAGCAUACUGGGGAAAAGCCAUUUGCUUGUUAUUUAUGUAAAACUAUGGGAAUUGCAUUUUCACAAUUAGCACAUUUAAAAACACAUAUGCGUACUAUACAUCAAACAACAAAACCAUAUGUAUGUGAAGGUUGUAUUGGAUUUUUUAAAAUAAAAUGUGAAUUGGAGAAACAUCAAAAAAAAUGUAAAAAAUAUCAAGAAAUAAAACAGCGUAAUGAAAAUUUAAAAGUCACUGACGAAACAUCAUCGUCAUCAUCUCCAUUAUCUUUUGAUGCACAAGGAAUCGCUAAUACUAACACUUGCGGCAAUAUUGAACAGCAAAAAUUAUCAAAACUUCGUUUACUAAUUGCAAUUCUAUUAAAGAAAAUUUCAAGUGAAGAACGUCUCAAGCAAUUAGGUUUUGAAAAACGUUUAAUUGAUAAUGUUGUUAUAUCAGCUUUGAAAUUAGCUUCAAAAAAAUAUCACGACGAACCGAAUUUAGAUGAACUUACACGUUUGCGAAUGAAUAUCGAAGAAUUUUUAAAAUGGACUGUACCACCAGCCAUAAUGUCAAUUAUAAGAAAAGAUAAAAAUUCUGUUGAAGAACUUUUAGAAAAUAUUGUAUCAGCAUAUCCACAAGGAUAAAAACUUUAAAAACAGAAAACUAGAAUGGUUGUUUAUCUUAUAAUUCCUUAAUUCUAAUAUUUUGAAAUAUAGUAUAUUAAUUAUAAUAUUUUCAAAAUCUUAAAUAUUAAUUGGUAUUUUUUUCAAAAUACAAUUUUUUUUUCAUAAUGCAAAUUGGAAACCAAAAACAGUUAGAAAAAAAUUUAGGUGACAAUCAUAUCGAAUUUAUAAAAUCAAAUUUAAAAAGCUUUCGAAUUUAUAUUCAUUCUCAAAAGUAUACAUCGGAUUAUUUACUAUAAUUUUGACAUACGAUAUAAAAAUAAUUCUUUUUUAAUUUUAUAAAAUAAUUUUAGUACAUUGCUUGCUUAUUAGUGAGUAUUAAAAUACUAUAUUUCAAAAUAUUGCUAUAAUUAAUAUUACAUUUUCUAACUUAAUAAAUAUUAUUAACCAAUAAAGUGGGAAUUGGGUUUAAAUAUCUGCAAUCUGAUUUAAAAUAUUAAUUUUAUUUCCAAAGAUUUUAAUUGUGCCAUCUUUUUUUCUUUUAAAUUUUAUUUUUUCUUUUUUUAAUGCAUGAACUAGAAAAUAUGCAUGUUUUAUUAAUUUUGAAACCAAAAAAAAUUAGGAAUUAAUUUCGUUACAUUAAUUGUAAGUUAAGUUGUAAGCUUAAAUUUAAAUAAGCCAUACCAAAUGAAAUAGGAAAAAAAAUGUUUUUUAAUCUAAAAUUUAAAAUUAAUAAAUAAAACUAAAAAUGAGUAGAGGGUUAGAAUUUUAAGCUAUUUAGAAUUCAAUUUUAGAAUUUAUAAUUUUAUAUUAUCAUUAAACCAAAUUCAUCAGAUUAUAAAUAAAAUUUUUUUCUAUACCUUACCAAAUAAAUUGUAAAUUUGGGCAAUCUGUUAGAAUAAAAGGAAUCAGAAGAUUAAAUUAUUUAUUAAUAUUAAAUUAAAAACUAAAAUGAUAAUAUGUAUUAAUUUAUUUCAAACUGAUAUUUUUUAUACUAAUAUAAAGGGUUUGAAUUCGGGUUAUAAGGUUUGUAAACUUGUAAACCAUUAUGUAAAUUAUUUAUAGAAUAAUUCUUAAAGAAAAAAAUAAUUAAUUAUACGCACUAAACAUUUGAAUUUCGCACUUUAAAUUUGAACAUACAAAAAUAUAAACAAAAAUUUAUUUAAAUUAAUUUUUUUUAUUAUUUAUUAAUAUAAGUAAUUAUUUGUUGAUUAAAUUUAAUAUUAAAUAAUUACAUUAAAUGUUCAAGUUCAUUUAAAUACAAUUAAAUAUUUAAUGUAAUAAGCAGUAUAGUCUCACUAUAGC